AGGAAAGACCUGGCAAACUUUUCCGCUGGCUUCUCGUGCGCUUCCCCCUGUUCCAUUUGACCGUCCCUCUCCUCUCUCUCUCUCUCUCUCUCUCCCCUCUACUCCCUUCUCUAACUCCUCUACUACCUUCUCUAAUUUAAUAAUUGGAUGAAACAAAUAAAUCAGUCCGUUCCUUUUCCUACAUGAUCUGUCGUACGUGUUCUCUUUCCCUCUCUCUUGUAAGUAUAGUGCUUUUUUAAAUGCGGAGAGAGAGAGGGGGAGGCUUUAAAUAUAAGGGGACAGGUGGUAAGAGCAGUGGUUGCCUCCGAAUCCGCUCUCUCUCGGGGCUUGCUUGGAGGGGCAGAAGGAGCAGCAGCGCUAUAAUGGUCGUCCAAGCGCAGCACCCGUCCAACGCCUUCGCUCCGGAUUUCCGCGUCAGUGUUAAAGGCUCUCUCCCCGGAACCACUCCGACCAACGCUCUGCUUGAAUCCUACAGCCAUCUCGGAGAGCAGCAGAAGAUUUUUGUUAAUGGAGCGGGGAUCAGCGACCCUGGGAGCGAGCUGACGUGCAAUGCCUCGGGAUCGAGGAAGAGGAAUCGGGAAGACGACGAAGUCAUGGUUCUCCCCCAGCCUGGCCCCAGCAACCAGCUGGAGCAGUACCACCACCACCACCACCACCAGAUCUCUCACGGUCUGGGAUUCGCUACCACCGCUGCCGCCGGCGUUCCUAAGUUGCCGGAAAAGGCCAUCCCCGCCACCCUCAUAAACCCGAACUGCGCUGGGUUGCAGCUGCCACACGAGCAGAGCCGGCUGCAGGGUUCUGCCGGCACGUCCACCAGCGGGCGGCCGCCGGCCAUCUCCCCCCUCGCCCAGGACCUCCUUUCUCAUCUCUACCACCAGGGCCUUGAAAUCGACGCCCUCGUCCGAUUCCAGAGCGAGAAGAUUCGAUCGGGAUUGGAGGAGGCGCGGAAGAGGCAUUGCCGGGCUUUGAUCUCGAUCCUGGAGCAGAGGGCGGUGAAGAGGCUAAAAGAGAAAGAGGCGGAGUUGGAGAGCGUGAGCCGGAGGAAUGCGGAGCUGGAGGAGAAGGCGAGGCAGAUCGCGGCGGAGAGCCAGAUCUGGUUCGACGUGGCCAAGAACAAUGAGGCCAUCGCCGCCAGCCUGAGGACCACCCUCGAGCAAGCCCUUCUACAGAACGCCGCCUCCGGCAGCGGUGGCAGGGUCAAGGAGGGAUACGGCGACAGCGACGGCGCGCCGUUCCUGGCGGACGAUGCGCAAUCAUGCUGCUUCGAGGAGGCUGCGGUGGCCGAGAGGGGAAUCACCGGCGGUGGCCAAGAGGAGGGGCUCCGGCGCCGGAGGUGGUGCAAGGUGUGCCAGCAAAAGGAGGUGGACGUUCUGCUGCUCCCAUGCCGCCAUCUUUGCUUGUGUAGGGACUGCGAAUCGAUGGUUCACACGUGUCCCAUCUGCCAGUCUUUGAAGAAUGAAAGCUUUCAGAUCUUUAUGGGCUGAUGAGCUCUAAGUUUGGCGGGAGGACGUUCCUAGCCAUAGUCUUUUUGUUGUAAUUGGAGAGUCCGGUAGUCUGCCUUAAACUGUAUAGUUUACUUUUUAGUCUAAUUUUUAGUGCUAAGUUGUUUUUAAUUUUGUCCGGCUCCGGCAACUCUUUCGGGGGAAAAAAAAGUUCUAAUACCAUCAGAUUUUUUUUUAAUAACUCAAUUGUGAUUAGAACUGCAUCAAAAAAUGCUUAUUUGUUGUCUA